GUGGUGUCAACUGUCAAGUGUGAGAAAUUUCGCAAAAAACCUGUCUAUAAAAUGCGAAGCAUUACUAAAAAAUAUAUAAAAGUUGUAUAUCCUAGAAACUAGUCUUUUAUCUAUUUAUCAAAAACCAAUACUAUGAAUGAAAUGAUUACAUUAAUGAAUAAGAAUAAUGCUCCAUCGACUGUUACGUGGUCGCUUGACAUUCAAAGUGUAUCUUCUUAUUGGAAUAAUAGCGAUAAUUGUUUGCGGCUAUUUGAUUCCUCAAUAUAAGAUAUAUCCAAUAGCUCCGGUAACCACUUCGAGUUCAGCACCGUCUCAUUCAACGAGGCAUUUGUCCAAACUAGUGACUGUUGUGUUUCGACAGUUUGAGGAUUUUGAGAAUGAUAUCGCUGAAAGUGUGCAGUCGUUUGUGUCCGCAUACCCAAAUAUACAGAUCUUGGUGUUGUGCCAACGGAGGCAGUAUCCUCCGUUCCAGUUUUCUGCUACAAAUGAGACUUUACGUAAUGUGAGGAUCUUGUCACUUGAAUUUCGAUUAGAUAAGUCUCCACGGGACCUGGACCCUCUGACGUAUGUUUCCACCGAAUAUGUGUUAUUCGUACCUGAUUCGACGCGUGUUUCUCGUCGCGUAUUCCAGCAGAUGGCGAUUGCUGCAACAACUUAUCCAAGUCAAGCUAUAACAGUUGGUAUAGGCAACGCACGGUUAACAUGUCAACAAUUAAAAUGGGCAUAUUCUGAAUGGACUCUCAAGUACAGUAAAGAUUCCUCGUUGAAACUUUGUGACGCUGUUCAGGGUCAACAUGCUUUGCUGAUCAAAACUACAGUACUUCACACAUUACCCAAGCCAUUUACUUUUCCCUUCCCUGAAUCUUUAUACUUACAGACUGCAGCAAAAGGUUUAAAGGUACAGAUAUUAGAGAGUAAGUUUGCAGCAGGCAAGAAUGUGCUGAAGACCCCAGCUUCGAAGCAGAAGGCCACUAAACAGACCAGAGAUUAUAGAGUGGCCUUGUAUAAAGAGCUGGGUGUAAAGGCUGUUGUGAAAGAAGAUGGUAGAGUGCAGUGGUUUGGUUGUAAGAGAGAAUCUCAGCGAUGUUUUCCACCGGUCCAAAGAACCCCGUCGUAUCUACUCGCGGGGCGCAACACCCCGCCGUGCUGUCGCCGCAACAUUCGCCGCACGGCCGCUCAUGUGUUGCGAGCUUUAACGCAAGCGGGUGCAAGAUGUUGGCUGGAGACCACAUCGUUGCUGGGAGCUGUUGCACAUGGCGACCUUCUCCCUUGGGUGGAAUACGCCGAGAUAGGCAUCCACUCGUCCGACCUCCCCCAGGUCUCGUGGCUACAACGCGGCGGCGCAGACAACGACGGCUUUGUAUGGGAGCGAGCGACCAAGGGCCAUUACUACAGAGUUGCCUAUUCAGCCACUAACAGAGUAUACGUGCUGAUAUUGCCGUUCGCAGCGCGGAACGGCACGAUGUGGCCCGCGGACUGGGUGCUGGCGCAUCAGCGGGAGUUUCCUGAACGACAUUUGCACCCAUUAGCUCAGAUCCAGUUUGUUGGUCGUCAAGCGCCAGCACCCAACGACGCUCGCGCCUUCCUGGACCUCAAACUUGGUCCGGGCGCGGUGGAGAAAUCCGAAAAACUCGGCCCUAAACUUCUAUAUCCAUAGAAUAAACCAAAGAUCUAGCGUAUGUACUGUGCAAAAUUUGACUCGA